CCGCUUUAAGAGCUAAGCGGGCCGAAGAAAGACUAGCGGUGUCACAUGCAAAAGGUUCCCUCUGGAAACAUGACCCCAGGUCUCUUGUGACCUCAAAUCCUCUCCUUCUUGAAAGGCAAAGGUGGAGAACGGCUUUCACAGCCAGGAGGGAGAAAGAAAUCAUCUGGCUUUACCCCGAUCCAAUGUCUGUAGGAAAUGGAACCAUUGGCUAUAGUAGCAGAGCUGUCUCAGGUGGGCAGUGUGGAUUUUGAGGAUGUUGCUGUGUAUUUCACUGAGGAACAGUGGGCUCUGCUGAAUCCAAGAGAAAAGGCCUUAUACCGGGACGUCAUGCAAGAAAAUUAUGAAAAGGUGGCCUCAUUAGGAUUUUCAGCGGUCAAACCCAGUUUGAUCUCCCAGCUCGAACAAGAGGAAGACCCAUGGGUUCCAGGUCCAUCAGUCAUGGAAAAGGAGGUUUUACCAGAGCCUGACUCAGAAUUUCCUGAUGUGAUCAUAAAACUGGAGCAAGAAGAGGAGCAAUGGGUCCGGAGUCACCAGAAUUGUACAGACAAUUGGUCUUUCCCAGGCACCAGCUCAGGAUAUGCUAACAUGAAAAUCAAACAAGAAUGGGAAGAAGCUCCUUGGAUUCUGGAUCACACAGGAUAUGAAGACCGUGUGAAUAUCACUGCCGAUCAGUUAGAGUUUCCAGGUGUAAUAAUAAAACUUGAAGUAAAAGAGGAGACAUGGGACCCAGAUUUUCAGGGUGAUGAGGAAGGUGCAGCUGUCUCAGGCUUCCAGUUGGGCUGUGGACAUAUGAAAGAAAAAGACUAUCUUCCAUUGGAAAGCAUGAAUGAAAUAGAAAAUAAUAAUACAUACUUUGGAACAGCCAAAGGGAAUAUUUUUCAAUAUCCAAAGAAGGCAUAUGUUUCUGUGAAUGAAGGCAGAGCCAAGAGGCACCAAGGAAAUGCCUUGGGGAAGAAAAUAAGAGAGACUCUAUCUUAUAUGGGAAAUGAAACUAGUGAUGCCAAACCUCAAAAUAAAAUCUACAAGUCUGGAAGAACACUUCAGAAAGCAAGAGAGCCUUACAAACACUUAGAUGGUGAGAAGAGAUCUGCUUGGAAAUAUUACUUGAUGACCCACAGAAAAAGCCAUACAGGAGAUAAACUAUAUGCAUGCCUGGUUUGUGGUAAAAAAUUCUUUUGGAGGGCACAUCUUAUUAGACAUGAGAUAAACCAUACAAGGGAGAAACCAUAUAUAUGUCCAGUCUGUGGGAAAAGCUUCAAUCAAAGAUCCCAUCUUAUUAGCCACGAAAGAACCCACACAGGUGAAAAGCCGCGUCAAUGCUCUGUCUGUGGUAAAAAACUAAGUCGUAAAGCACUUCUUAUUAGACACGAAAGAAUUCAUACAGGAGAAAAACCAUAUAAGUGCUCUGUAUGUGGUAAAAGCUUCUGUCAGAGCUCUGGUCGUAUUGCACAUAUGAUCACCCACACAGGAGAAAAACCACACGUAUGUUCAGUCUGUGAGAAAGGUUUUAGUCGCAAAGCAAGCCUUAUUAGACACGAGAGAAUUCACAGGGGAGAGAAACCAUAUAUAUGUUCAGUCUGUGGCAAGAACUUCAGUCAGUGCUCUGGUCUUCUUCAGCACGAAAGAAUUCAUACAGGAGAGAUCCCAUAUCAAUGCUCCAUCUGUGGAAAAAGCUUCAGUCGGAAAGAUUGCCUUCUGGGACACAAGGGAAUCCAUACAGGAGAAAAACCAUAUGCUUGCUCCAUCUGCGGGAAAAGCUUCAACUGGAAAAGUUACCUGGCAGUCCAUGAAAGGAGCCACAAUGAAGAAAAAUCAUAUAUCUGCUCCAUCUGUGGGAAAAGCUUCAACCAAAGAUCAAAUCUUCUUAGCCACGAAAAAACCCACACGCAAGAAAAAACCUACACAUGCUCCAUUUGUGGUAAAAGCUUCAUUCACAAAGUAAGCCUUAUUAGACAUGAACGUGUCCAUACAGGAGAGACUCCUUAUAAGUGCUCUGUCUGCGGGAAAGGGUGCAGUGGGAGAACGAACCUUAUUUCCCAUGAAAGGACUCACACAGAAGAGCGGCCUUACACAUGCUCCUUCUGCGGUAAAAGCUUCAAGCAGAGAUCCAACCUUACCAGCCACGAAAGGAUCCAUACUGGAGAAACGCCUUUUACAUGCUCAGUUUGUGGCAAGUGCUUCAGCUGCAAGGCAAAUCUUCUUGGACACAUGAGAACCCACACAGGGGAGAAACCGUACUCCUGCCCCAUUUGUGGGAAAUGUUUUGGAAACAAAUCGCAGGUGGUUAUCCAUGAGAGAAUUCACACGGGGGAAAAACCAUACGCUUGUCCAGUCUGCGGGAAAAGAUUCAAACACAGAACAAGCUAUACCGAACACCAAAAAAUCCACACACAGGAAAAACCGUACACGUGCGCAGUCUGUGGCAGACGGUUCAGUCGUAAGGAGCACUUGAUCAUCCACGGGAGAAUCCACACAGGCGAGAAACCCUAUUCCUGCUCCCUCUGCGAGAAAAGCUUCAAACAGAAAUCAAGCCUGACUUCCCAUGAGAGAAGCCACACCGGAGAGAAGCCACAUACGUGUUCAGUCUGUGGUAAAAGUUUCAACCGAAGAUCAAAUCUGAUUCAUCACGAGAGGAUCCAUACAGGGGAAAAACCGCACCCAUGCACAGUCUGUGGGAAAAGUUUCAGGAGCAAAGCAUAUUUGAGGAGGCAUGAAAAAAUCCACGUGAGAUGAAGAACCCACAUAGAGAAAGAUGCUCUAAAAAACAUGCUCUAUUUGCAGUGAAAGCUAUGGUCAAAAAAGGAUGAUGAAAUAGAAACAGUCCUAAGAGGGAAAGUAUAUAAAUGAUGCCCGCUCUUGGGCUUUACAUUUAGUCAGAGAACAGCAAUACGGGAAUGAGUCUUUGCAGACUUCAAGCUUGCGCGUUUCCCCUCUCAUCUCUCCUCAGGUGAGGAGAGAACAGAUUAGAGGCUAUCACUUAUAUUUUCAACUAACUGCAGUUAUUCAGAAAACAUAUAUUUGCCUAUGUGGAAAAGUACAAUAACAUCCAAGAUCCACAGAACAGCAAUACCUUUAUGGGGCCAAUCAAAUAAAAACAUGUUGCAAGCUUUUGAAGCUUCACUAGC